GGGAAGCUUCUGAAUGAUAAGAGUGGAGUAGGACGGUUAAUGGUACAAACUCAUGGCAGAUACCCAGCAAUCGAAACUAGCAGAGAAUGGAUCACAUUGGAGCUAACCAGGGUAGCAGACAAGAGACAUAAAGGAUUUCCAAUCAAGUUAGUAUGGUGGGUAAACAAUGACAUGAAUGACAACACGCGAGUAAAUAAAAGACAGGGGCAUGUCAGUUCUUACCUACAGAAGACACGGUUCUCAAUGUGUAAAACAAGAACUAAUGCCAAGUAAUGAACGGCAAUGCUAGUGCUGCUCUGGUCGAUACACAAGGACGGCAUUGUGGGAAAUUGAGUUUUAUCUUUUAUCGGUUUCACUGAGGUACUUUUUUUUUUACGAUAAUACAAUUAUAAAUCAGGUUUAUCAUACAAGGUUUUAAAAAUAGAAUAAUAAUUUAACUAGACUACUUUAUUUAUACUUUUGCCAAACCACUUCGACUCACAACAAGCUCAGCCUCCAUUUCCCCAAAUGCACUGUGUUUCCAUGUAACCCCUCACCUCUGGAUGAAAACAAGCCGAUCAGCUGAUGUCAACUAGCCAUAACAUUCACAGCGGUAACACCCGACCCGUUUCACCAGACUUUUAACACAACGACGCUUCGGGUAUCAACGAUUACUCAUUGAAUGUCUUAUUCUUCCGGCGGUACUUCAUGGUUCACUGUUUCUUCUGGCAACAUUUCAGUGCCAGAUGUCUUCGUCGUCCCUUCAAAGCUAGCUGGCGGAUUGUUAGUGUUUGUUUACGUCUGUGUCAUUGAGCACCGUGAUUGAAAUAUAGACCAUCUAACCACCGUCGCGAGGUUAGCAACGUGCCUCUCCGUGUCACUCAGCAUGCCAUUGUUAUAAUCGAUAGGAUAUGGAUAUGUGACUUUUCUAUCACUUGACACUUACGUGGUGUUGUUGACAUGUUCCACAAGACAGGUGUGCUGUACUAUAGAAGAGCUCAGAGCCUCAAGUCUGUAAGUCAAUUUGAUCCACAAGGUUAUUGUUUCUUUUAGUUGUGGGUUCUCUUAGCAACGGAGAAGAAAACGUUAUUUUGCUUGGAAUGAUUUUUUAAAGUGCCUGUUGAAGUGAUUGGCUUUCCAAUCAUAGUAUAGAUUCAUCAAUAGACAAAAAAGGGGGAAACUGACACAAAGGCUGUGUCAACCUGUCAGGUUUGAGAUGAGUUGCCAAGCUCCAUCCGUAGACAAAGGCAUGAACACCGUCCUGGUGUGUCAGGAGAGCUACGCCUGCGGGGGCUCAGACGAGGCUUUGUUCGAAUGCGACGAAUGCGGCAGCCUCCAGUGCACCCGCUGUGAGCUGGAGCUCCACCGGCAGGAGCGCAUGAGGAACCACGACCGCGUGCGCAUCGCCCCCGGCCACAUCCCCUUCUGCGACUCCUGCAAGGGAGACGCGGCCGGCAGCUCCCGCCUGCGAGCCGUGGUGCGCUGCCAGGGCUGCAAGAUCAACCUGUGCUUGGACUGCCAGAAGCGCACCCACAGCGGGGCCAACAAGCGGAAGCACCCCCUCACCCAGUACCCCCCGCCCAAAGCGGCCCCCGAGGGCGGCCUGGCGGACGCGGAGGCCGGGGUUGAGGCCCUCAAGGCCCAGUUGGAGAGAGUAUGCAGCUUCCUCCUGGUGGACGAUCGAGAAGAGAUGCAGGUGAAGAACGACGAGGACUUCGUCAGCCGGCUGGGCUGCAGGCCGGACGAGCUCCUCAAGGUGGUCUCCAUCUUUGGUAACACCGGGGAGGGAAAGUCUCACACGCUCAACCACACCUUCUUCCUGGGGAGGGAGGUGUUCAAGACCUCCCCCACGCAGGAGUCCUGCACGGUGGGGGUAUGGGCCGCCAUGGACCCCGUGCAUCGGGUGGUGGUCAUCGACACGGAGGGACUGCUGGGUGCAGGGGCGAACCAGGGCCAGCGCACCAGGCUGCUCCUCAAGGUGCUGGCCGUGUCGGACCUGGUCAUCUACCGGACGCACGCCGACCGUCUCCACGACGACCUGUUCAAGUUCCUGGGCGACGCCUCGGACGCCUACCUGAAGCACUUCACCCGGGAGCUGAAGGCCACCACGGCGCGCUGCGGCCUGGACGUGCCCCUCUCCACGCUGGGCCCCGCCGUGGUCAUCUUCCAUGAGACGGUCCACACCAAGCUGCUGGGAUCAGACAAACCCUCGGAGUCGGCCGAGCGCCUGCUCCAGGAGCGCUUCAGGAAGCUGGGGCUCUUCCCGGAGGCCUUCAGCUCCGUCCAGUACCGGGGCACGCGCACCUACAACCCCCCCACGGACUUCAGCGGGCUGCUGCGGACCCUGGAGCAGCAGCUGAACAACAACACCACCCGCUCGCCGCGCACCGCCGCCGUCGUCCACAAGGCCCUGCAGGCCCUGAGUGAGCGCUUCAGUGGGGAUAUCACAGACGAGCACCUGGCCUGUAACUGCUUCUUCCCAGACGAGUACUUCACCUGCUCCAGCAUCUGCCUCAGCUGUGGAUCCUCCUGCAAGAACAGCAUGAAUCACUUGAGGGAAGAGACGGAGCAUGACGCCAAACACCGCUGUCGCUACUCUGCCCAGUACGACAACCGCAUCUACACAUGCAAGUCCUGUUAUGAGCGAGGAAAGGAGGUGAUUGUCGUUCCCAAGACAACGGCCUCGUCUGACUCCCCUUGGUUCGGUCUGGCCAUCUACGCCUGGUCUGGGUAUGUGAUCGAGUGCCCGAACUGUGCAGUGAUCUACCGGAGCAGGCAGUACUGGUAUGGAAACCAGGACCCGGUAGACACCGUGGUCAGAACAGAGAUCCAACACAUCUGGCCUGGGUCGGACGGCUUCCUGAAGGACAACAACAACGCCGCCCAGAGGCUGCUGGACGGAGUGAACUACAUCUCCCAGUCGGUGUCUGAGCUCAGCGUCAAGCCGGCCAAGGCCGUCACCUCCUGGCUGACGGACCAGAUCGCCCCGGCCUACUGGAAGCCCAACUCCCUCAUCCUGGCGUGCCAUACGUGCUCGGAGGCGUUCCAGCCCAACGACACCAAGCACCACUGCCGGGCCUGCGGGGAGGGCUUCUGUGACGCCUGCUCCUCCAAGAGCCGGCCGGUCCCCGAGAGGGGCUGGGGCCUGGCCCCGGUGAGGGUCUGUGACACGUGCUUCCACAACAGAGGCAUCUCCACCGAGUUGCUGGACGCAGCGCUGGAGGAAGAGGAAGGGGGAACGUUGAUCGCCAGAAAGGUGGGCGAGGCGGUGCAAAGCACCCUGGGAGCUGUAGUCGGCGCCAUAGACAUCCCCCUGGGCCUGGUGAAGGACGCGGCGCGCCCCGCCUACUGGGUCCCCGACCAGGACAUCCAGGCCUGCUGCGAGUGCCAGCGGGAGUUCACGCCGCGCCUGUCCAUCCACCACUGCCGCGCGUGCGGCCAGGGCGUGUGUGACGAGUGCUCCCCGGAGCGGCGCGCCGUGCCCUCCCGCGGCUGGGACCACCCCGUGAGAGUCUGCAACGCCUGCCACCAGAAGCCCGGGGAGCUAUAGCAGGGACGGGCCGCUGGGUGG